CGAAAGAUCCGCGCUUCAACGACGAGAGAAAGAACCGCUCUCCACCGCUGCUCAUCACUCAUCACAGAGAUGAGAAAACCUAACCCUAACCCUAACCCUAAUCCUUCUUCUCUCCUCUCCACAUCCGAUCCACCACCCACUGGACAUGAGGAAGCCCAUCAUCGUGGCCGCGGCGGCGGCGGCGGUCGCCGUCAGCUGUGCUGUGGCUGCCCUCUGGAUCCGUCGGAGCGCGCGGCGGUGGAGCCGAGUGGAGUGCAUCGUUCGGGAGCUCAACAAGCGGUGUGCGACGCCGGUGGAGAGGCUGUGGGAUGUGGCGGAUUCUAUGAUGGCUGAGAUGAGAGCUGGCCUUGCCGCUGAGGGCAGCCUUCGGAUGCUGCCUUGUCUGCUGAAUUCCCUUCCCACUGGUGAAGAGGAAGGCUCAUACUAUGGGAUGAAACUAGGACGAGCAAAGCUUCGCUUGUUGCAUGUACAAUUGGGAGGUAAGGAUGCUCGUGUGGUAAAGAAAGGCCUAGCAGAGGUUCCUGUGCCGAUUAAUUUGAUGGUCGACACAUCUCAGGAACUAUAUGAAUAUAUGGCUGCAGAGUUAGGAAAAUUCUUUUUGGAAGAGGAAAAACAUUCUGAUAGAAAAGAUGGAACACCAGCAGAAGUUGCAGUAAGUAUGUCAUUUCCUGUUGUCCAAAACUCAGCAUCGGCAAAAACCAUUGUUGAAUGGAGCCAAGGUUUUUCCAUCAAAGAGAAGGAUGGAGAAGAUGCUGUUGGAGAGCUGAAUGAAGCCAUAGAAAAGCUUGGUCAUAAUAUGCGCACCUCAUUAGUGGUUAAUGAAACCAUUGGAACUCUGGCUGGAGGCAGAUAUUAUUGUGGUGAUACUGUGGCUGCCGUCGUUCUUGGAAUGAGGACAAAUGCUGCAUACUUAGAGUCUGAACAUGCUGUUCCAAAGUGGCAAAGUGCUCAUCAUAGGCAAGGGGAGAUGGUUAUUAAUAUUGAAUGGGGAAAUUUCCAGUCAAUUCAUCUGCCUAUUACAGAUUUUGAUGUUUGUGUGGACAAUGAAAGUCCAAAUCCUAGAGAAAUGAUAUAUGCAAAGCUCAUAUCUGGAAUGUAUUUGGGGGAAAUUGUCAGACAAGUUCUAUUGAAAAUCACUGAAGAAACAUCUCUAUUUGGUGAUGAUGUACCUUCAAAACUGAAAAUUCCCUUUAUUUUAAGGACAUCAGAUAUGGCGUAUAUGCAUCAAGAUCGAUCAGCAGAUCUUGUGGCUGUUGGAGAAAAAUUGAGCACCUUAGGGAUUCCAAAUACAACUCUAAGGAUGCGCGAAAUUGUCUUUGAGGUAUGUGAUAUCAUUGCUAAGCGUGGAGCUCGUUUGGCCGCAGCUGGUAUAGUAGGUAUUCUGAAGCACCUCGGGAGGGAUGGCACUGACAAGAAGGCAGUGGUCAUGGUAGAAGGUGGCGUUUAUGAGCAUUAUCGGCUUUUCAGAAACUAUUUGCAUGACGGAGUGAAGGUUAUGCUUCGCGGGAGAUUCUCCGACAAUGUAGUCAUUGAACAUGGCUGUGGACUUGGGGCUGCAUUACUUGCAGCCGCAAACUCGAACCAUGGAAAGAAGUUUUGAUUGUGUGGAUUUGCAGUUAUUUCUGAAAGAAUGGUUGGAUGUUCCUCAUAUUCAGUACAGACUAGAAUCUGCUCUUUAGUGAUUGGUUAAGUCCCAUUUCUUUUUGAAGUUAAC